UUGGCCUCAGCGAGGCGGUGCCUCGAGCUCGGCGUGCUGCACGCAGACGUGUGCUCAGCAAACACCGUCACAUUUGUAAAUUUGGGGGGUUUAAAAAAUUCCGUAUAACAGUUGGAUGCGUGUUUAGCUGCUAGCAUUCAAACAGUGUUCGCGUUUUGCGAAUUGAUUAGAUGAUGAAUUUUCUUUCAGGGAUACGAACUGAUAUGUUAACUCAUAAGAACUGAUUCCGGUUCAGUGGGAAGCUUUGAACUGCUUUCUGGAAAGUGACCAUUGUUGUAAUCAGGUCGAGGCUGUUAUCAUUUCCACUUGCUGACUUUCUUAGUGUUUUUUACGGGUUUACAACAGAAAAACAGGGCAAGCUUUUUAGAGUGUCAUGAAAGAAAUGUCAAGCACCAUGCCUAGUGGGCAGCAGCCUCAGAAACACUACGGCAUUACCUCUGCCAUUAGCCUCGCGCCCCCACGAGAAAUAGACCACCAGUACACCAAGAAGCUCUGCGACGCUAUGAAACCUUUUGGAGUGUUUGAAGAUGAAGAGGAACUCAACCAUAGACUUGCAGUUCUGGGGAAGCUGAAUAAUUUUGUUAAAGAAUGGAUUGCAGAGAUCAGUGAGUUAAAGAACCUUCCACCAUCAGCUAUUAGCUGUGUUGGGGGCAAGAUAUUUACAUUUGGUUCAUACCGACUCGGAGUGCACACAAAAGGAGCUGAUAUUGAUGCCUUAUGUGUGGCUCCACGGCAUGUAGAAAGAAGUGACUUUUUCCAGUCUUUCUUUGAGAAAUUGAAACAACAUGAAGAGAUUAAAGAUCUCAGGGCUGUUGAGGAUGCUUUUGUACCAGUGAUAAAAUUCAAAUUUGACGGAAUUGAGAUUGACCUGCUUUUUGCCAGAUUGGCCUUACAGUCCAUUCCAGACAACCUGGACCUGAGGGGAGACUCCAUCUUGAGAAACUUGGACAUUCGAUGUAUCCGCAGCCUUAAUGGCUGUCGAGUAACUGAUGAAAUUUUGUACCUGGUGCCAAACAAAGAGAAUUUCAGGCUGACGUUGAGAGCCAUCAAACUCUGGGCGAAACGUCGAGGAAUCUACUCCAACAUGCUUGGCUUUCUGGGUGGAGUGUCAUGGGCCAUGCUGGUAGCCAGGACCUGCCAGCUCUACCCCAACGCUGUGGCUGCCACACUUGUCCAUAAGUUCUUCUUGGUUUUCUCUAAAUGGGAGUGGCCGAAUCCUGUGCUUUUGAAACAGCCUGAGGAUAGUAAUUUAAAUUUACCUGUGUGGGACCCCAGAGUAAACCCAGCUGACAGAUACCACCUGAUGCCCAUCAUCACCCCUGCCUAUCCCCAGCAGAACUCCACAUACAAUGUCUCCACGUCUACGCGCACCAUCAUGAGCGAGGAGUUCAAAUACGGUCUCAGCGUCACAGACGAGAUUCUUCAGGGCAAAGCAGAAUGGUCCAAACUAUUUGAGCCACCCAACUUUUUCCAGAAAUACAAACAUUACAUUGUUCUCACUGCCAGUGCAUCCACGGAAGAAAACCACUUGGAAUGGAUCGGCCUGGUGGAGUCAAAGAUUCGUGUUCUGGUGGGAAACCUGGAGAGGAACGAGUACAUCACCCUGGCUCAUGUCAACCCCCAGUCCUUCCCAGGGUCCAAAGAGAACCGGAACGAGAACGACUUUGUGUCCAUGUGGUUUAUUGGGAUCAUCUUUAAGAAGGUGGAGAAUGCAGAGAGUGUGAACAUAGACCUGACAUUCGACAUCCAGUCCUUCACAGACACUGUGUACAGACAAGCCAACAACAUCAACAUGCUGAAGGACGGAAUGAAGAUUGAAGCAACACACGUGAAGAAGAAGCAGCUCCAUCAGUACCUGCCUCCUGAAGUGCUGCAGAAGAAAAAAAGAAGCAUAGCAGAGUUGAACCGUAGCUCUAACGGUGGGAGCUCCAAGCGGCUCUCCCUCGACAGCAGUCACCUGGACAGCUCCAGAGACACAGACUCAGGGACUCCCUUUAACUCCCCAACCAGCAAACCCUCUAAGCCUGCAUCUGACACAGACGACAGUGUCAGUCCUCCUAAGCAGCUUUUUGUGGAGGGCUCCCCAGCACCUGUUGCUGCUGCUACUGCUGCUGCUAAAGACCAGGGCAUGUCCAUCCCUGUCAUUGGUUCAAAACCUCCUCUCAAAGCAAAGCCUCCUUCCCCACCAUCCAGCAGCUCCAUCAGCAGCAGCGUGAAGCCCACCGCCACCAGCAGCCCCAGAGAGGAGCCCAACGGCCUGGAGGACUCAAUCAACGGAGCUCCUUCCAAGAGACCACACUCACCCACACAAGAGGAUCCAACCAAGAGGCCGAAAAACACAGAAGUGGUGUCAAAUGAUGACUCUACAUUCAAAGAGCCAUAUCCACCAUCCUCUGACUCCCAUACACACGGAGAAACAUCCAGCAUAACUUCUCUCCCUGGAUCAAAGGCAAAGCCCAUUCCAACCGUCGAUACCUCAAGAACACAAAGACUUCCCAGCAUGGAGCUGCCAGACGCCUCCUCGCCUCUCCCUGCCAGUAACAGCUGUCGCGUCGUGAAAAAUUCCAUUAAACUGGCCCUCAACCGCCACAAUAUCACACCUCCCAAGCCCCUAGUGUUUGAGGACACCCUCACCACAGACGCUCCUCCUGCCACCGAGGAAAAGGGCAUGUCCAUUCCUGUGAUUGGCUCAAAACAUGUAGCAUCCAAACAUGUGGUGCCCCCCAUCGGUAGCUCCAUCCCCACGCUAGUGAGCCGAGGAGCCGACCCUCUGAACGGAGCAGCCUCCAAGAGACCCCACUCGCCAUCAGUGGAGGAACAGGCCAAGAGGCUGAAGGAAACAGAAAAGGCCAGAAUCCACAUAGCUUGAACUCCAGACAAAGACUGGAUUCAUACAGACAACCGAGGUGAGGGGCUUUACAGUCAAGUCGAACACCAAGGACAUGACUUCACGCAGCGACGGGCAGCGGCAUUCAGGUUGGUCAGUCUGAAGCGUGAAGCAGCAGCACAGACACCUCACCUCAGAUCUCAAGAUUACAGACUUGCCAGUGGAUAGGGGAUUUGGCCAUUGCUGUCACAGCAAGAGGAGAAGUUUAACCCCCACAGUCUCGGAGAUACGACAUGAGAACUAAAGCAGCAGGUUUUUUUUUGUUUUGUGUGGGUUUUGUUUUUUCUUUCUUUUUUUUUUAAACUCAGUGUUUAGAAAUGUGCCCAUUACAAAAGAAAAAUGCUGUUCUUCUUUUCAUUGUCUCCUUUUUCUAGUUGACAUUUAAAGAAAAAAAAAAAAAAAAAAAAAAAAAGCCCUGAUCAUUUAUCAGCACUUGCUACAUACGCUUCUGGUGUAUGCUGAUUUUUCUUUUUCUUUCAUUUUUUUUUUCUGUCCUCAGCAAAAACCUGUAAAUGUUGAUGUACAUAAUUUUUUUUUGUCUUAAAGGAGCAAAGGAUCACUGUUAAAACUUUUGACCAUUCUAUUGUAGUUUUAUCUAAAAAUGAAAAAAAAAAAUAUAUAAAAAAAAAUUGUACUUUUCUUUGUUUUCUUUACUGCGCUUGUCCAAAAACAAACUGUCCCCUGCCCUGGAUAUCGUCAGUAGACACCGUGUAGGUUUGCAUACACUUGCAGGGAGGGUUUAAUGAGGGUUUGCUUGGACGUGAUUGAUAGUAAAACUGCAACUCUUUAGAGCAGCGUGGACGCCAGGUGUAGGUGUGCGAGUGAUCUUAGGCAGCAUGAAAGCUUCUCAGGGGCUGGUAAGAGCAAGGAAACCUUGUCAUGACAACAGGAACAGUCAUCAGAACCAUAUCAAAGUGCUACAGACGCUUAUAGUUCAAUUCAACUGAGCUGCGGUGUCACACCUGUCUCGGAUUAAAUGGAAAGGUUGACUUUUCUGCUCAUGUUUGUUCAAUCCCGAGAUGUCAGAAAGGUGCGUUCGACACAGAGUGAGCGCUGAACAGUUUAGACGGCCCCUAGAAAGUGUUUUCUUUGUGCAUAUUUCUGAUUGUCUGACACAAUCACCUCUAGUCCAUCAGGAGGACUAAACAACAAAGUGUUCAGGAUACUGUUUGACCCCUCCCAAACACCCCCUCCUCCACCUGUUCACUGUGGUCUGGUUUUGCUUGUGAAGCCUGGUCCUUAUAAAAACCAGGUUCUGGUUGUGAGUGCAUUUCAUGUCCUUUGGAAAGUUUGUGGUGCUUUGUGAUAAGAAGAAGAAAAAAAAUGGUUUGAAGCUUUUUGAAGAGUUGUGCCGGUUUGUGUGUGUAUGCAUGCAUAUGUGGUUGACUGUGUGUGAGCGUGCAUGCAUAGAUGGCUGUGUUUGUGUUGGAGAGAGACAAAAUUCCCUUCUAUUUGGGUGUUAACCCUCUGCGCCUCCUGUGGAGGUUCUUAAACGGCAUCUCCUGGGGCCACUAGUGGCAGCAGUGGUGGUGGUGAGGAGGGGGGGGGUCAGGAGAUAACGACUUUCUUGCCUUGGGCCCCAACCCUCCGUCAUGAAGCUGGGUGUCUUUGCAUUUGAUUUCAGUAGAGAGGAUAUAUAUAUAUAAAAUAUUAAAAUAUAUAUCUAUACACAGUAAAGUAAUGCUAAUGGGGCACCCUCUUCAAUGGAGCAGGUCGACAGUUGGGACACAGGCUUUUUCCAGCAUCAGUUUCCCUACCUAAAUGUACAGAGAACAGUUUUUUUCAAAAGGCAUAUUCUUCAUUAUUUGGGGGUUUUCUUAUCACUUUAUUUAUAUUUGCAUAUUUGUACCAUGUGAUUUUCUUUUUUUUUCUUUUUUUAAACAGCAUUCAUAGCAGGUAUGUCUUUCAAAUUAAAUCUGCGCCACUCUGUUUCAGACGACUCAUGUUUUACUGUUCAGAAACCUUUAACAAAACAGGUCCUUUAGAUGUUUGUUUCUAAAAAUGUAUUGAAAGGGUAUUUUUGUAUGUGUUUAUCACUUCCUUUAAAUGAACUGUACACCCAUUAAACCCCUAAAAACAA